AUGGCACUAAAACUGGAUAUGAGCAAAGCUUAUGAUCGCAUUGAAUGGAGUUUUCUGGAAGCUAUUAUGAGAAAAUUGGGUUUUGCAGAGCAUUGGAUUCAGUUAAUGCUUACUUGUAUCUCAACCGUGAGCUACUCCUUCGUGAUUAAUGGGACCCCUCAUGGCUUCCUUCACCCGUCCAGAGGCCUUCAUCAAGGAGACCCAUUGUCCCCUUAUCUUUUUCUUUUCUGUGCUGAAGGUCUCACGGCACUAAUUGCACAAAAGGAAAGGGAGGGUUUUCUUAAAGGUGUUUCCAUAUGCAGAGGGGCGCCUGCUAUCAGCCACCUUUUUUUCGCGGAUGACAGUUUUCUCUUUGCGCUGGCCAACAUGGCUGAUUGCAUGGUUCUCAAAGAUAUACUUGCUACCUAUGAGCGCGCGUCAGGACAACAUGUCAAUUUCCAAAAAAGUGCAGUAUGUUUCAGUAAGAAUGUUCAUAGGGGAGAUCAACUGAUGCUGGCACAAUAUUUGGGUAUCCCUUGUGUUGAUCAUCAUAGUCAUUAUUUAGGCCUUCCUAUGGUGCUGGAUAAGAAGAAGGGUGCAAGCUUUAACCACUUAAAAGAGCGGCUCUGGAAGAAAUUACAAACCUGGAAAGGGAAGUUGUUAAGUGGCGCCGGGAAAGAAAUCUUAAUUAAAGUGGUAGCACAGGCGAUACCAAUCUAUACAAUGAGCUGUUUUUUAUUACCUAAAUAUGUCUGCGAGGAUCUCAACAAGCUGGUUGCACAAUUCUGGUGGAAUAGCUCUACUGAAAACAAGAAAAUUCAUUGGAUGGCUUGGGACAAGUUAUGCGCCCCAAAAGAAAAGGGAGGCCUUGGCUUUCGAAAUUUGCAUGCUUUUAAUCUGGCUUUGUUGGCCAAACAAGGGUGGCGCCUUCUCCAGAAUCUGGACUCCUUGAUCACGAGAGUCCUUAAAGCCAAAUAUUUUCCAAAUCAUUCUUUUCUUGAAACUGCAGCUCCAUAUGGCAAGUGGGGUGCGGAGAUACAAUUGGCAUAUGGGAGGAUCGGUGGUUGCCACAACCCAAUAGCUUUCGGAUCUUCUCUCCCAAGCCUGAGAACAGUGCUAUCACAAAAAAGUGAUGCUCAUUCGCUCUAUCCCGCUGAGUCUGCGUUUGACACCCGAUAUGUUGGUGUGGCAUUAUGA